AUGCCGUACCUACUGCCACGCCUCAUAGACGACAAACCAGAUAUCGAUCCACGAAUCCUAAUAGGAGACGCACCCCUUGAUGCGGCACCAGUCGCACCAGGGUCGGUGACCACACUACCACAACUAUUCCAACACAAAGCAAGAACGCAACCCGAUAGUAUCGCCUAUUCCGUUCAGACAGACAACAGAUUACUCACCAUAACAUACGCGGAAGCAGACGCCAGGGCAUCGUCGCUGGCUACCCGCAUUGCCGCGCUCUCUCAACGGCCUGGAGGUGACAAAGCACCGACAGUGGCCAUCUGGUUGGAAAAAGGUCUCGAACUCAUCCUCGCCAUCCUUUCCUCAACAUACUCGGGUGCUACAUGGCUCCCCCUCGAUCCAGAUGUCCCUGCCGAGCGUGCUGCCGUCUGCGUAGUCGAUGCUUCAGUUUCCUUGAUUAUCAGUGAUGCCGCCCAUGCCGACCAAGUCCGAGAGGUGCAAGAGCGAAUCGCGUCAACAUCUUCAGAUGCUGGAAAGCCGAGUCUUCAAUGCCGUACAUUCUCACAACUUACUAGAGAAGCACAACCACCACAAAGUCAGAGUGCUGCUCUCGUCACUGGGCCUCGACCACAAGAUGCUGCCUACCUCAUCUACACCUCAGGCACUACUGGCAUGCCUAAAGGUAUCGCUAUCCCACACUCUGCUGCUCUUGUGUUCUCUCUCAGUGAGCGAGAAGUCCUUGAAACAAGUCCCCACGAUAUUGUCUGGAAUGGUUUCAGCCCGGCUUUCGACAUGUUUGUCGAAGAGAUGUGGGUAACCAUCGCUGGAGGAGGCCAUCUCGCUAUCGGAACUCGUGCAGAGUGCAGAGACGUGUCAGCUUUGCCCGCAGUCUGGGCAAAGCGUGGCGUCACUCUGGUCAAUGCAGUACCAACCCUGAUCGGCAUCAUGAAUAUUGCGCGAUCGGACGAUGGCGGCUCUCUUCUUCCACCAUCUGUUCGUCUGAUCAACUUGGGUGGUGAAGCCUGCCCACCUGCACUGGUGAAAAGUCUUGCAAAGCCUGGCCUUCGCAUCAUCAACACAUAUGGUCCCACCGAAACCACUGUCACCGCUACCUGGGACGAGCUACAACCCGAUGUCCCUGUCACUAUCGGUAAGCCACUGCCUGGAUAUCACGCCUGUCUACUUCCUAUCUCUGAUGACGGUUCCUCGGCUGCUCUCGAGCUUCUCGAGUGGAAAGAGGGCGUUGAAGGAGAGCUUGCCAUUGGUGGUCCUUGUGUUGGACUUGGCUAUGUUGGACGCCCCGACUUGACAUCACAAAAAUUCAUCACUCACCCUCUUGGAUCUGCUGACGGCGACAUGAUUUACCGCACUGGUGAUCGUGUACGACUGCAGGCUGACCGCAAAAUCAUCUUCCUCGGCCGCAUCGACACUCAAGUGAAGCAUCGCGGAUUUCGUAUUGAGCUCGGCGAGAUCGAAUCCCGACUCUACGACGUGCCAGACGUACAAGCUGCAGCUGUCAUCUUGGCCAAUUCUGGUUCAGAAUCUGCGCGCCUCGAGGCAUUUGUGGUUCUCAAAGAUGGAGCUGUUCGCGACACUGUCAAAAUCCACCAAAUUGCGUUCGAAAGUUUGCCAGCCUACAUGCGUCCGGAAGAAGUGUACUUCAUCGCAGCGGAUGACAUGCCCCGACUCCCUAGCGGCAAAAUCAAUGGUAAAGCUCUACAAGAUGUUUCCAAGCAUAUCAACACCGAGAGGGCGGCUGCGCGGUCAAGCGAUGAGGACAACGACAUCUCGUCAGUACCAUCCUUCGUGGAAAUGGAUGGCGUACUUGGCUUGAUGCUGGCUACUUUGUCGCCACUGUUCCCUGGAGCCCGCGUCCAGCCUGACAGCGACAUCUUUACCGACCUGGGUGGACAUUCAUUGAUUGCAGCAAUUUUGAUAUCGCGAUUACGACAGGCAAAACCUGACAAAGACGACACAAGGCCCUUUGCUUCUAUCGGACUUGCUGACAUCUACGAGCUGCGUACACCAGCCAAGAUCGCGACCCGCUUCGAGGUUGUCGAAAAGAGCAAGAAUCUUCACAUUGAUCUCGAAGAAGUUGAGUCUCUGGACAGUGAGUUCGAAGGGACCGGUUCAUGGACUGGCGACUUCUUGCCUGUAUCGCAAACAAAAUUCGUGCUCUGCGGUAUUGCCCAAAUCCUACCACUGCUGUUCAUUUUCUUCUUGCAAUCAAUCGAGAUCCUGGUUCCUUACUUGCUCUUCGACUUCCACGCAAUCGCUGGUCGGAUUGAUUAUGCUAUUCUGACAGCAUAUGCCGUCUUUGUGGUCAUUCCACCUGCCUUGAGUGUUGUAGCCAUUGCAGGCAAAUGGUUGAUACUUGGCAAGGCCCAACCUGGCGAAUACNCCCUUUAUGGAUUCUACUACUUCCGUUGGUGGUUUGCGGAUCGCUUAACCUCACUGGCAAACCCCAAGCUGAUGGCUGAUUCUGGACUUUACCCAAUCUUCUUGCGAGCCUGUGGAGCGAAAGUUGGAAAGUUCUGCCAUCUCGGUGCACUUCAGAUUGGCCCAUGUGCUGAUCUCAUUGAGAUGGGUGACGACGUCGUGAUUGGUGGUGAUGUUGUACUGGGCGCCUGUGUGAUCGAGAGAGGACGUCUGGUUCUCAAGCGGGUCAUCGUUGAGAAUGGUGCAUCUAUCGGUUCGCGUUGUGUCGUUGAAGGUGGUGCGAUCGUCAGUGAGGAAGCUGAAGUUGCAUCGCUGUCUCUGGUUCCUUCUGGUAUGAUCGUGCCCAGUUUCAAUCGCUUCCACGGAUCGCCCGCACGCUUGGAUAAGGUCAAGAAGGCCGAAGAUUCUCCUCGACCACAAGACACCAGGCCUUCCAAGGCUCGGGCGACAGCUAUGCUGCUUGGUAACUCCUUUGUCGCAUUCCUGGUCCUUCCCCUGCUCUACUUCGUGCCUCAGAUUCCAGGAUUGAUGCUCUUCGAUGUUCUUGACCUUCGUCAUGUCAGUGAAUGGUCACAAGUCGCCAUUCUCUCCCUGCCUAUCGCUUUCGCAUAUCAAAUUCUGGUCUUCUUGCAAUUGCUCAUCUAUCGUCACCUCUUCCUGGGACGCCUCAAGGAGGGUACAUACAGCACUUACAGCGUGUUUUACCUUCGCAAGUGGUUCGUGGAGAGACUGAUGGAUCUUGCCCUGGAUGUACUCCAUCCUGUAUUCGCUACACUCUACAUUGUUCCCUUCCUCAGAGCUCUUGGUACCAAGAUUGGCAAGCGCGCUGAAGUAUCGACAGCUCGUAACAUCUCGUUUGAUCUUCUCGAGAUUGGUGAAGAGAGUUUUGUUGCCGACGCCGUCAUCAUGGGUGAAGGUGUCGUCAAGGGAANNAACCAGCUGACUCUCAAGAAGACAAAGCUUGAGCCUCGUGCUUUCGCUGGCAAUGCCUCCGUGCUUCCCCAGGGAACUACGCUGGCUUCUGGUACUCUUCUCGGUGUGCUGUCCAUCGCUCCACCAGCAGACAUGCAGAUGGCAAACAACAGCUCUUGCUUCGGAUCUCCCCCAGUACUGAUGCCCAAUCGACAGCGUACCGAAGGCCACGAGGAUAAUCUUCUCUUCCGACCAUCUGCGGGGCGUAUUGCUGCGCGACUGCUCAUCGAAGGUCUCCGUAUCGUUGUGCCACGCUCAAUCAUCAUCUUCGGUCUAGGCCUCGGACUGCAACUGGCCCAUGAUGGGUACCACAAGAUUGGGGUUGUGUACACACUGCUCAUGCUACCCCUGUUCUACGUUGUGCUGUUCGCAGCACCGGCCUUGUUGUUCACCGCUUUGAUCAAGUGGAUUCUCGUUGGACAGUACAAGCCCGCCGAAUGGCCACUCUGGAGUCUGGACGUUUGGCUCAGCGAAGCCGUGACCAGUACUUGGGAAACACUUACCGAACCCCUCCUCGCAGCUCAACUGGUCGGUACACCAUACCUCGCCAUGUGUUUCCGCCUCAUGGGUGUCAAUAUUGGCUCACGGGUCACACUCCUCUCUUCCGAUAUCACCGAAUUCGACUGCGUCACUCUGGGAGACGAAUGUAUUGUCAACAAGACCUGCGGUGCCCAGACUCAUUUGUUCGAAGAUCGUGUCAUGAAAGUCGGCAAUGUGGUGCUGGGGAACAGAGCUUGUCUCAAACCAUUUUCUGUUUGUCUUCCUGGUAGUACUAUCGAAGAUGAAGGUCAGCUUGGUGGUCUGAGUUUGUUGAUGAAGGGAGAGGUAUUGCCUAGAGGGACUGCUUGGGAGGGUGCGCCUGUUGUUCCGCGAGCGAGCAGAUAG